CGUUGCUACGCGUCAAGUCUGGUCACGUCGGUUUUAAAGCCUGCAUUGAAAGCGCCGGCACCACCCGGGAAGAGGGUUCCCAAGGGACCCAGGACCAAACAACCUUCCAGAAGCAAUCAGCCGUACCUGAGUCAGGACGCGGACAUGAUGCAAUGUAUAGCCUUCGCCACGGCGGAUGAGUACAAUCUACCCUCGCUUGCUGUCGACCUGACGCGACACGGCUUCCGAGAAGUCGACUUCCCUCGAGACGCCUCCAACGUGUUGGUGACAAGUUCCGACAUGAGCGCCAAAGCGGACGACGCUUCUCUCAUCUUCUUCUUCAGGGAAGGCUCGGUGGUUUUCUGGAACGCGGAAGACAAAACGCUGAAGACGGUGUUGCGGAUAUUGGAGCGUCAUGAGAGUCAGCCAUACGAAGUAGCCUUGGUCCAUUGGGAAAACGAGGAGAUCAACUACAUGUACGGCGAGGGAAACACCAAACUAGAGCACGGAAACUUUAUUUUGAGCAAGAACCUGGAGGGGCAAGAGCUGGUUCUGGAGAAGUUCGCCUUCUCCAACGCUUUGUGUUUGUCAGUCAAGUUGGCCAUAUGGGAAGUGUCGCUGGAUAACUUUGUGGAGUCCAUUCAGUCCAUCCCCGAGGCACUCAAGGCGGGUGCCAGAGUGAAGUUGUCUUCGGCGGACGUCAUGCAGAAGAUUGGCCAGCUCUUCACCUUGAGACAUUGCAUCAACCUGAGCUCCGACCUCCUGCUCACGCCCGACUUUUACUGGGACCGCGAGAACCUGGAGAAGAUUUACGACAAGACCUGCCAAUUCCUCAGCAUUAACCGUAGGGUCAAGGUGGUUAACGAGAAGCUGGAGCACUGCACGCAGCUGACCGACCUAAUGAGGAGUCACCUGAGCGAUAAGCACAGCUUAAGGCUGGAGUGGAUGAUCGUCAUCCUCAUCACCAUCGAAGUGUUGUUUGAAGUGGUGCGAAUGAUCUGGUGA